CUGUUGUGGGAAGACGAAACGUGAAAAAAGGGAGAGAAAAAAUCCACGUAGCAAAUACAUCGCAGCCAGAGAGGGUUGCACCGAUUUUACAAUAUCAAUUUGGAUCAUUUUAUGAAUUGUCAUAGCAUUCUGUCAGCAAACAGCGGAAUUCAUUCUGGCGGGUGAGUGGAAAUAAAUACUAGAUCCCAUUUUCGCGAGGACGGGAAGAAAAUGGAGUUGGAGGACGGAAUAGUGUACCAGGACGACCCGGGGACAUCGGCUAUGAUGUCGGAGCGGGUGUCGGGCCUGGCCAACUCGAUCUACCGCGAAUUUGAGAGGUUGAUCGGGAAAUACGACGAAGACGUGGUCAAAGAACUGAUGCCGCUGGUCGUCGCGGUGCUUGAAAACCUGGAUUCGGUGUUCGCCGAAAAUCAGGAACAUGAAGUGGAGCUAGAAUUGUUGAAGGAGGACAACGAACAGCUUAUCACUCAGUAUGAACGGGAGAAAGCGCUGAGGAAACAUGCCGAGGAGAAGUUCAUCGAGUUUGAGGACACUCAGGAGCAGGAGAAGAAGGACCUUCAGAACCACAUGGGCAGAAUGGAGUCCAAUUCACGCCAGCUGGAACUCAAAAUCAAAAACUAUGUAGACCAAAUUGGCAGGUUGGAGGAGCGAGAAUCAGAGCUGAAAAAAGAGUUCAACUCACUCCAUCAGAGACACACAGAGAUGAUCCACAAUUACAUGGAGCACGUGGAGAGAAUCAAACUCCAGCAGCAGAAUGAGUCUUCCGACUCCGGAACACUGGGCAGAGUCAGAAAAGAGCGCCCCCUGUCUCUGGGGAUCUUUCCCGUAUCCGGAGGGGGCUCCUCUCUCCUCCCAGAGCCCCUUGCAAGGACGGGGACCCCUGGUGCAGAGUCAUGGAGGUUUAAUGACCUGGCACAUCCUCGCUCCAACGCCAGCCUCAAGCAGUUGGACAUGGACGACGCCCCAAAGAGAUGGGAGGGUAAGAGUAUGCAGGACUCUACUUGGGGGAGUUCCCUGGCAGACGACUGCAAGGACGAGCUGUCAGACUUCGGCAGCUCCAGGUCAUCCUUGGGUGCUGCUGCUGAGAGGGACCAAGGGGGAAGUAAGAGCAUGGAGGUGCAAGCCGCUCCAGGGACCAGGACCAUCUCUGUGGGUUUGCCAGAGGACGAGGAAAGCUCUGAGGUGCAGGACAUCAUCGAGUCCACUCCUGAGCUGGACAUGGACCUCAGUGGAUACAAGACCUCCAGCACACCGACAAAAGGCAUUGAGAACAUGGCGUUUGACCGCAACACAGACUCUCUGUUUGAGGAACUGUCGUCCGCGGGCACGGGCAUCAUAGGGGACGUGGAUGAGGGGGCUGACCUGCUGGACCUAAGUUUGCUUGGUAUGGGCCGUGAAGUGGAGAAUCUCAUCCAGGAAAACACACAACUGAUGGAGACUAAGAAUGCUCUGAACGUAGUGAAGAACGAUCUGAUAGCUCGCGUGGAUGAGUUAGCCUGUGAGAAGGAGGUGUUGCAGGGGGAGCUGGACGCCCUGUCACAGGCCAGGGUCAAGCUGGAGGAGAAGAACAAAGAUUUGGAGGAGGAGCUCAAGAAAGUGCGGCUGGAGGUGGAGGAGUUGAAAAACAAAACAAAGGAUGAAGAAGAGCAGAGUGAUGUUCCCACGGCCCAGAGGAAGCGCUUCACCAGAGUGGAGAUGGCCAGGGUGCUGAUGGAGAGGAACCAGUACAAGGAGAGGCUCAUGGAGCUGCAGGAGGCAGUACGCUGGACAGAGAUGAUAAGGGCCUCAAGAGAGAACCCAGCCCUGACCGAGAAGAAGAAAUCCAGCAUCUGGCAGUUCUUCAGUCGCCUCUUCAGCCCCUCAUCCUCCAGCAGCGCGGCGGGGAAGAAGGCAGAGCCCCAGGCCAACGUGAAGUACAACGCCCCAGGCGGUAUGGUGAAGAGGAGCAGCACUUUUUCCCAGUUCCCCACCGAGAAGUCCAAGACCUUUGACUUCCUCAAUGAGGAGAUGGACCCCUGCAGCUCUCCCUCUCGCAAGGAGCAGAAGAGGGCCCAGUACCGGCAGGUCAGAGCCCACAUGCAGAAGGAGGACGGCCGGGUCCAGGCCCACGGCUGGAGUCUGCCCAGCAAGUACAAGGUGGCUAAUGGUGGUCAAACAGAGAACAAGAUGAAGAACCUGCCUGUCCCGAUUUACCUGAGGCCUCUGGACCUGAAAGAUGCUUCUAUGAAGCUGUGGUGUGCCGCAGGUGUGAACCUGUCAGGGGGCUGGACCAGAGAGGGCGGGGCCAUGUUGGGGGCCAGUGAAGGCUCAGGGGUGGAGCUUGAGGUAACCAAACAGAAGAAGGGCUCUCAGAACAGCCUGGACCAAUUGGAUCAGGAGAACAAGGACCAAGAAAAGGGGGAGCCGGAGAAGGGGCAGCGUUUUCAUGAUCAGGUGUCCAGCAGAGUGUGGAUCUGCACCAGCACUCACUCCUCCACCAAAGUCAUGGUAAUGGAUGUCAACCAUCCCUCUGACCUUCUGGACAGCUUCUACGCCUGCAACUCCCACGUCCUAUGCAUCACCAGUGUACCAGGUGUCCUGGAGUCAGACUUCCCUGCUGGGGAGGAGGGGCUCCAGGACCAGGAGUCAGGACAAGGGGACAGCGUGUCGUUGGCGGGCAGCGUGGCCAGCGUGGGCUCGACGGAAAGCGAUGGCGCCAUGGCAACGGAAGGGACCACCGCCAUCCCCCAGACAGCCCACCAGGGUGUCAGCGACCUCCCAGCCGAGCACAGCGGCCUCUCCGGCUCGGUGGACCUGUCCAGAGAGACCAGCCCGCUGGAGGACGGGGUGCCCACAGCAGAAGAGGCCACCGAGGCUACGGAGGCCAAUGCGGGGGUGGGCGAGGAGGGUGAGGAGGGGCAUGGUCAGCCUGGUAUCUACACAGAGCACGUGUUUACGGACCCUCUGGGAGCUCAGCCCUCCGACCCUGCCAGCACAGAAAUGGCGAGGAGUGCAGACCAGGACGGUGUGACAUCCCAACGUGAGGAGAGUGACCCUGCAGGGGAGGAGGUGGUGAGGAUGAGCAGCUCUCUGCCCACCAUGUGGCUGGGGGCCCAGAACGGAUGUCUCUAUGUCCACUCGUCUGUGUCCAGGUGGAGGAAAUGUCUCCACGCCAUCAAGCUCAAAGACUCCAUCUUGAACAUAGUACACGUCAAAGGAAGAGUUCUGGUAGCCUUGGCCGAUGGAACACUAGCUAUCUUCCACAGAGGCCUGGAUGGCCAGUGGGACUUGACCAACUACCACCUGCUGGACCUGGGCCGGCCGCACCACUCCAUCCGCUGCAUGACAGUGGUCCACGACAAAGUGUGGUGUGGCUACAGGAACAAAAUCUACGUUAUCCAGCCCAAGGCCAUGAGGAUAGAGAAGUCCUUUGACGCGCACCCUCGUAAGGAGAGCCAGGUGCGCCAGCUUGCAUGGGUGGGUGAUGGGAUCUGGGUGUCCAUCCGUCUGGACUCCACUCUUAGGCUGUUCCACGCCCACACCUACCAGCACCUCCAGGAUGUGGAUAUAGAGCCCUACGUCAGCAAAAUGCUGGGUACGGGGAAGCUGGGGUUCUCAUUCGUCAGGAUCACCGCCCUCCUGGUGUCCUGCUCUCGCCUCUGGGUCGGAACAGGAAAUGGUGUCAUCAUCUCCAUCCCGCUAUCUGAAGCCACCAAAACAACCGGUAUUGUGACCAACCGUCCGGGUGGUGCGGUGCGGGUGUACGGCGAGGAGGGCUCUGAUAGUGCGGCGUUAGGCGGUGCUGUGCCCUACUGCUCCAUGGCCCAUGCCCAGCUCUGUUUCCACGGUCACCGAGACGCAGUCAAGUUCUUUGCGGCGGUGCCAGGUCAGGUGAUCCAGCCCCCCGUUGCUGCCAGGGAUUCUGGAUUGGAUGACCCAGCCUCUGAAUCGUCAGACACGACGACCUCUGAACUUGCCAGAACCUUCCUCGUCAUGAGUGGAGGAGAGGGCUAUAUAGACUUCAGACAGGGGGAUGACAUUGGUGAGAUGGACGUUGUGUCAGAACCCACCAUGAAGCUUCAGCCGGCCCCCACCAAAGCCGAGCGCAGCCACAUCAUCGUCUGGCAGGUCACUUCCUGUCAGGAGUGAACCACUCACAGACUGUCACAUCACCACCUAGUCGCCCAACCUCCCUGCAUGCCUCUCUCCUUAUAUUUAAGUUGCUAUUACUGAUAUCCUCAAAAUAAUUACCUCAGUGGGUAACUGCAUUGCUCCUAACUGUUAUUUUAGGUGUAUUGUUUUUGUAUAGAUUCAUUUUCAAAGAAUCCUGUAUACUAAGGUGGACUGGACGAGGUUGAAAGGGAAGUGCCCGUGGUUCUCUCCCUUCUGUUUGGGAGCAGAUCUUCAGACCGCUACUAAUGCUCAUGGCAACAUUUCAUGUUCCAAAGGGACAAGUUCCUGCUGCGUCCUUUACCUUAAAUGAGAGGAGGAUGUAGGGGGGGAGGGAUUGUAAAGGACUUCUGCACAUUGUUGGGGGGGGGGGGUGUCACUCGUCACCUUUUGUUGUGUUCUGCAGUUCUAAGCUUACAAAAUAACUAUUUUAGCUACCUUCAUUGGGUAAGUACUGUAUACAGCAAUGUUUGAGCACAUGAAGGUUUACUGUAUGUAGAGAAGAGGGGGUCAGCUUUAGCCUGCAUGGGGAAGUCCUGGCAUGUCCGUCCAUGUGACUGCCUGCAUUUUGGAUCAAACUCCCCAUUUGUGUCGGUGUUGGGGGCCAAAGUGCUUGUGACACCAUGUCGGGGCUUCCCUGAUGCGCUUGUUGGAACUUUACAGUCAUGGCUCAAAAUAUUUCCAGUGACAAAUUUUGUGUUUUGCCAAGUUUGCUGCUUCAGAAUUUGGAAAUUAUUCUUUCAGGUUUCUAUUGUGUAUAUCCUACUGGAAAACAAUGUCAGUGAUAAGCGUUUCAUAAGUUUUAAAGGGGUCAUUGACUGAUUUUAUAGGGUAUUUCACACCGUUCCUUAAGGUCUCUGAAUAGGGUAUGUAACAUUGGUUGGGCUGAAAAUGGCCCGGGUGCUGUUCUAUGUG